GUUUUAUGCCGGAGGCUCCGAGAGGAGCGGGCAGCAGAUCGUCGGCCCCCCGAGGAAGAAGAGUCCCAACGAGCUGGUGGAAGAUCUCUUCAAAGGAGCGAAGGAGCACGGAGCCGUGGCCGUGGACCGGACGGCCAAGAGCGGCGGCGAGACCAGCAAGCCCAAACCAUUUGCAGGGGGAGGCUAUCGCCUUGGGGCUACUCCAGAGGAGGAGUCUGCCUACGUGGCUGGAGAGAGGAGGCAGAGCUCGGCGCAGGAUGUGCACGUUGUGCUGAAGCUGUGAGAACUGAGGAGCUACCAAGAUCCGUCCAAUGCCCAGUUUCUGGAUGAUAUCCGCAGAGGGGAGGUCCCGGCGGAGCUGCGCAGGUUAGCGCGGGGCGGGCAGGUGAACCUGGACAUGGAGGAUCACCGCGACGAGGACUACGUGAAACCUAAAAGUGUCUUCAAAGCUUUUACCGGAGAAGGCCAGAAGCUGGGCAGCACUGUCCCCCAGGUGAUGGGCACCAGCUCACCCGCCCAGCAGGCAGAGAACGAAGCCAAAGCCAGUUCUGCCAUCAGCAUUGAUGAGUCGGAGCCCAUCACCAACAUCCAGAUCCGUCUCGCUGACGGCGGGCGACUGGUCCAGAAAUUUAACCACAAUCACAGGAUCCGCGACAUCCGGCUCUUCAUAGUGGACGCGCGGCCGGCGAUGGCUGCCACCAGCUUCGUCCUCAUGACCACCUUCCCCAACAAGGAGCUGACGGAUGAGAACCAAACCCUGAAGGAAGCCAACCUGCUCAACGCCGUCAUCGUGCAGCGGUUGAUAUAGAGGAACCCACCUGUGGCCAGGCGCCCGCCCGCCAGGCGCGUGUCGUCCCGUCCUGCGCACCACGGGUCACAUCUCCUCGUAGCGCUGGGUUCUUAGGUCUUGGUUGGACUUUUUUUCUCUUUAGUUGCAUUUCCCAUGUUUUUUUUUUUUUUUUUGGUGAUGAUCAGUGGACUCUAAAAUAAAUAAACAAAAGAAACCA